AUGUUCCUUAUGGCAAUAACAUCUGAUCUUGUGAAUGAUUCGAAGUUGCCCGUUCGUUUCUCGACAGAUUACACCCAUCAUGACGUUUUCGAAUCAGAUCCUAGACCUGGACAGCAGAUCCGACGACGACGAAAAACAGAAACAUGGAGGAAAGAGAAACAUAUUGGGGAAGGAGGCUUUGGUGGUGUUUGGCUGGAACAGUGUUUGACAACUGAUAGCCAAACUAAGUUCCGCGCUGUGAAGGUGAUACCAAAAGUGUCACCCUUCUCGCAAGCCAUUGAUUAUACGCGAGAGCUAGAAGCAAUUGCGAAAUUUUCUCAGGAGAAGUACAAGGGACUCUUUGCAAAAUCGUUUGGGUGGUAUGAGGACAAAAAGCAUGUGUUCAUCGCCAUGGAAUACUUCGAACUAGGCGAUCUUCAAAAACACCUAAUGCAACCAUUACCUGAGCGGGAGGCCCAGCAAGUUACACAUCAACUCCUAGAGGGCCUUGAGCAGUUGCAUAUGAAUGGGUUUGCCCACCGAGAUUUAAAACCAGCAAACAUAUUUGUGGUUAGGAAAGGCCCAGACUGGUGGGUCAAGAUUGGCGACUUUGGAAUUAGCAAACGUGUCAAUGAUGGUAGUACAUCCCUUCGAACGGCAGUUGGUACACCUGGCUUCAUCGCACCUGAGGUCCUUGAAAAUGAUGAGUCAGAUUUCCAGUACACCGACAAGGUGGAUAUGUGGUCCCUUGGUGUUAUAACGCACUACAUCCUCACUGCAGCACUUCCAUUCGAGAAGCAGUUCAAGUUACGGAGAUAUAUACAAGACUGUCAUUUCCCCUCUUCGGCCUUAGCCUCUUGCGGCGUCAGCCAAGAAUGCCAUGAUUUCAUCAUGAAAGGACUACUGACUGCAACUGCUGCCAGCAGACUCUCUGCAAGUGAUGCUUUACAGCACCAAUGGUUGAAAAGUUUCUUACGCAUCGCACAUCGGUCCCACAUGGCGCAGCAAGAAGAGACGUAUCCUUCGCCAGGCGGUACAUUAGCGCAGGUUUUGCAAGGUCAAGGCGAUACCCUUGAGCACAAUUAUACCGAGCUCACAUCCAUAUAUCAGGAUGGUCUCUCUCGCUAUCAUCAGGGACGGUACAAAGAGGCAGAGAACAUGUUUCGACGAGCUCUGCAAGGACAGGAGCAGGUGCUCGGCUAUGACCAUGUUGAAACACUUUAUUCUGCACACUGGCUUGGCCUCUGUCUCUUUGAGCGGAAACUGUACAAAGAAGCGGAGACCACACUUCAACGAGCUCUAGAAAGGCGAGAGAAGGUGCUGGGCCACGACAAUGUUGAAACACUCUAUUCUACGCACUUUCUUGGUCUCUGUCUUUAUGAGCAGAACCAGCACAAAGAUGCAGAGACUAUGCUUCGACGAGUUCUAGAAGCGCGAGAGAAGGUGCUGGGCCACGACCAUGUUGAAACACUCCAUUCUGCGCACUUUCUUGGUCUCUGUCUCUAUGAGCAGAAACGGCACAAAGAGGCAGUGACUAUGCUUCGACGAGCUCUAGAAAGGCGAGAGAAGGUGCUGGGCCAUGGUCAUGUAGACACACUCUAUUCUGCACAGGUUCUUGGUCUCUGUCUCUAUGAGCAGGGACUGCACAAGGGGGCAGAGAUCGUGCUUCGACGAGCUCUUCAAGGGCAAGAGAAAGUGCUAGGCCAUGAUCAUGCAGACACACUCUAUUCUGCACGGUUUCUUGGGUUCUCUCUCUAUCGUCAGAAACGGUACAAAGAGGCAGAGACCAUGUUCCGACGAGUCCAGCAAGGGGUAGGGACGGUGCAGGGCCAUAAUCCUAGGUUCGCAGAGACCACGCUCUGGGCCGAUAGGGCCCAUCGCCGCUCCCAUUUCCCUUAUUUUUAA